UUUUGCGCAGACUCCUGGUUGUGGAAAUGGAGGCGGUUAGGACGGUGAAGCUCUGCGGGUUAUCUGUUUUACUGUUGAACGUUUUCUUUAGUUUAACUUCUGCCCUGUAUUUUCACAUCGGGGAGACGGAGAAGAAAUGCUUCAUCGAGGAGAUCCCGGACGAGACCAUGGUUAUAGGAAACUACCGAACACAGCUCUAUGACAAGCAGAGGGAAGAGUACAUGCCUGCCACUCCUGGACUCGGGAUGUUUGUGGAAGUGAAAGACCCAGAUGACAAGGUGAUCAUGUCCAGACAGUAUGGCUCAGAAGGACGAUUCACAUUCACCUCCCACACGCCUGGUGAACAUCAGAUCUGCCUGCACUCCAACUCCUCCAAGUUUGCUCUCUUUGCUGGAGGAAUGCUGAGAGUCCACCUCGAUAUCCAGGUUGGGGAACAUGCCACCAACUAUGCCGAGAUCGCAGCAAAGGAUAAACUGACUGAGCUGCAGCUGAGAGUGCGUCAGCUAAUGGAGCAGGUGGACCAGAUCCAGAAAGAGCAGGACUACCAGAGGUACCGUGAGGAGCGCUUCCGGCAGACCAGCGAGAGCACCAACCAGCGGGUCCUGUGGUGGUCCAUCGCGCAGACCCUGAUCCUCGUCGUCAUCGGCUUCUGGCAGAUGAAGCACCUCAAGAGCUUCUUCGAAGCCAAGAAGCUUGUCUAGAGCUCCCUCCCUUUGAUAUUUAUACACAGUCACUGUAUGCAGUAUGACAGCAGCAAAACAGACUCCUUGUCUGUGUGCCCCAUGAAAAACAUUGAAGUGCAGAAUGGGGAGAUAAUGUUUUGAAAUGCAAGGAAUUUGUCCUCCUAAUAAUAGUUUAAGUUUAUAUGGAGAGUUUUGAAGUUAAGUAUCCAGAACACCAACUCAUGAAAGUAAUUACAAAGUCAUCUUUUUGUGCUUAACAAAUUAUUUGCCAUUUUGAAAGGUUAUCUGCUUACUAUUGAAGUGGGGCAGAGAUUUUUUUGAUUUUGAAGAAACUUGAAACAAAGUAAGUUUAGUGCAGGACAGGCUUUCAAUGGAAAGGGUCGGUUUAUAAUUUUAAUUUUUUUCUGGGGGGGGGGGGCACUGACUUAUUUAAGCCCCAAACCAAUCUGUUUUAGAGGCCAAAACUAUAACUAAAAAAAACAAACUAUUUUAUAUAGAAAUAAUAUGGAACUACAGACCACAAUACUGCAAAACCAUCAUCUGAAUUUGCACCAGUAUUAAUCAGCUAUAAAAAUGAAACUACCCCAAUGGAAUUUCCAUUUGGUAUCCUAAUGUGGCUUUACAGGGCUGUAGGGACAUUAGAUCCUUGAAUUGGCGUUCAAUUCUAUUGUAUGUAGUUGUUUUGCUUUGCUUGCUGCAUGUUUGGGUUUGAUUUAAGAAGCAGGGGUGUGGGUGCUUGAUUGGAAUUGCAUAGGUGUUUCAGGGUUUUGAAGAGUUUGCUGGAAACUUGCUGGGUGGAGCUCAGUUAUACGGAUAGAAACUGGUUUAUCAAGCUAAAGGAAUUAAUUUAAGGGAAUUUUUUAUUUCUCUGUCUGAAGGUUUUGCAUGUACAUGAUGCUCUUUUUAAGAUUGAGGGAUUUUCAUUGAGUUACGUUUUAUUUUAAAGAUGGCUUGUUUUAUGGCAAGGAAUAAGUUUUAAAUAGAACUCUUCACAGUUCCUGUUCAAUUUCACGAAACAGAUGUUUAUAGUAGAAUUUACUAUAAAACUCUCUUUCUGGUGGUAAUUAAUCAUGCAUGAAGUCAAUCGUGAGCUUCGUAACAGACACGUUGUUGUAAUGGUUUGACACGGUGGUUUCACAAGGCUGUGCUAAGGGAGCCAGGCUCUAUAGUCUGUUAAGCUGCUCUGUAGCCCUGUCUGAAUAAAAACUAAAGGUUUUAGUGGAAGCCUCUGUUUUGGUUUGUCUCGCCUCACCUCCCCUGUAAGUAUUUUAUUUUUUUUUCAGUGUGUGUUUCACUGAAGUCUGAUCAUAGAUUUUGAUAAAGGAAAGGCAACAUGCUUUUCUGGGGGACCGUAACAGUUCUCUACAUCUUGUAUGUUUGCUUUUUAACAACUGACUAGCCUUUCCUAAUGUGGUUCACUGGGUUCCACAGGGAUUCCUGUAAAAUGCAGUGUGGUUGCCUGCUUAUGUGUGUAACCACUUGUGGUCUUUUUAAGAUAUCCGAUUAACAAAAAGGAGGGCAGGACAAUGUAUAGAAAGCUCCCCAUUGCUCCCUCCCCUGUGUGAUAUUAAAAUGACACUGGAACAUUGCCGUGCUCCAGCCGGUCCAGCUGUAGAUUGUGGCGGGUAUGAUGCUUGAUGUUCUGUCAGCAGCAUGUAAGAUAUAAGGGGAUCCUGCCUGGCAGCGCAGUUAUUGGCUUCAAUGCCUGUUAUUUUUGAGCCCUCUGUCCGCACACAGCAAGAGGUGAAAAUGUUGGAGAUGUGAGAUUUUUCUAUUGAACUUUUUGUUUUUUACGUUUUCUGUUACUGAGAAUUCUUUAUGCCAUAUUACAGUUUUACAAAUAAACAUACGUCUCUCCA